AUGGGCAGUUUUUUAAAAGGUCACGAUGAGAUCGAAAAUCGAAGCCACUUUGAAGAAAGGAAACGUUUAAAAAUAUUUCCACUAUUUAAAAGGCGCAAACCAAUGGUGAGGACAUAUAAAAGAAAAACUGAGCGUGGAAAAAUAUCUAAAGAGGUUUACGAAAAAGCAGCAGCUUUUUCCGAGGAGGAUAUAAGUAAAGAGGAUAAAACUAAACACAGGAAGAAACAGAACAGUCACAAUUUAAUUUUUGGAAAUGUGUGUAGAUAUGUAACUUAUAACAUCACCUUGGUUGAGUCUGUGAAGAUACCCGAGGGUGGUUUAAUAUGUUUUGCUUGUUGGGUACAUACUCGGCGUACAAUACAACAACAAGGAAUCAUAGCAGCUCCUGCUGUUAUGAAUAUGAAUGCAUGUGUAUGGUGCCGACGGUCUCUUGCCCAAACACGCAGCCACUCCAUACCUGAAGGACCUGAACGGACCAUAAUAACACAAACGAUAUAUCCAAGAGAGAUUCCACCAGGAGGACUGGUUUGCUAUGCUUGUUGGGUAGCAGCACGUAGAAAUGUGGAGCAUGCUACAAGGGUUGAGGAUAACCGGCAAGGCCCAUCUAAUCUUCACCAAGACUCUAUGUGUGCAUGGUGUAGAAUGUCGCUACACCGAAGGCGAACACAUGUGGCUAGUGGUCCUGUGAGAGAUGAAGUUGCAGCAAGAAUUUACCCCAAUGAGUUACCAGAACAUGCGCUACUUUGUUCCAACUGCUGGACACGUGCACACGAAAAUAUAGAAAUGGAGCAAGAAGUUGUGCAAUUUGAUAUCCAGCCACCAAGUGCAUCAAUAACACUUGAUGGUUUUACACACACAACACAGACAAGUACUCAUUGUUUUGUGCCGGCCUGUAACAAUGUAGAACGAAAUAGAGUGCCGGAAUACUUAAGAAGAAUUAUAUUAAAAUCGGAAAAAAUAUUUGUGACAGAAAAUGCAAGAGUAUGUAAUGAACAUAAAUGUUUAUACAACUGGGAGUUUCUGGACCAGCAUCAGUUCUCAAAUACAUUUACAAAAAAUGAAAUAGAGUCAAUGCUGAAGCUGAGUAUCCAGGACAAUGAAAUAAAUCAACUAGAUUUUAAUAAUAUGAGUAGUAUUGAUGAGGGACUCUUUAAGUUCUGGACUGGAAUUACAAAAGACAAUUUUAUAAAUAUUUUAAAUGUAAUAAGCCCAGCAUUGACUUGCAAAAACCAAAAAAUUGCUUUGGGAAUCUAUUUGGUGAAAGCUCGUACAGGGGACUCCCAUGAAAGGAUUGCCUCUCUGUUUCAUCUGACCAAGUCCUCAAUAACACGAUUGCUUAGAGUAGCUAAAGAGGCAUUGCUAAGAGUAGUCAGUUGUUUACUGCGUGUAACGUGCGCGUCAAAAGAAGCACUUCCAUAUGCAAUUAAAACAAUUAAAUCUCGUGUAAAUAAUUUUAGGAACAAUGCUAAAUAA